AUGCCCCGCCCACUCCUUUGUCUCGCCGCCCUGGGGCUGCUGGCGACCUCCGCGUCCGCAGACAUCACCAUCUAUGGCCAGCUCGGCCAGACCACCAUUAACCUCAGUGCCGCGACCGCCGCCGCCGCUCUUGGCACCUCCACCGCGCCGGCCACGACUUCCUUUGUCACCACCCCUGGACCCCCUCAGUACACCGGCUUGGCUGCCUACAACCCCGUCAUCUACCAAGCCCCCGCUAUACCCAACCCGGCCCCCGCCAAUGCCUUCUCGAUUGGCGUUGCGCACGCCGCCAGCAACGUGAACGCCCUUUCCAUCCCCCAGUCUGGCACUUUCCUUGGCUUCUCCAUCGAGUUGUCCGUCGCCACCCAGCUCAGUACGUGUCUCACGAACAUCAACGUCCCCUUCCUCAACCUCAUCUCUCUCCUCGUCGAGCGCGCCGGUGCGAUACACAUCCGUGUUGGCGGUAACUCGCAAGAGGAUGCGUUCCUCGUCGACAAUCUGUCGGACGGGAGGAUUCUGGAGAAGGGCCCGAUUAACCCUAACGUCCCGACGUCUACUCCAGUCGUAAUGUGGACUCCCGAUCUUAUCUACAUGCUCGGCAACAUCUCGAGCUUGACGAACGCCAAGUGGUACCUCGGCGUGCCGUUCAAUGACACCAACUUCCGCUUCCAAAUGGCCGAGAUCUCUCAGGCGGUCCUUGGAGACAGGCUCCUCGGUCUCCAGGCCGGAAACGAGCCUGAUCUGUACGGCUCACACUUGGCCCGCCAACAGGGCUACAGCCAGUUUGACUACUAUGGCGAGUUUGGGCUCCUCACGCAAGCCUUCCAGGCGGACUCGAACGUCCCUGUCAAGAAGUCGCUCAUUGCGCCGAGUGUCCAAGGCGCUGAUUGGGGUCCGAAUCCCGAGGCUGUCUGGAACACCGGCUUCGUUGCGGCCUAUGAUGCUUACCUCGCUUUCCUCUCCGUCGAGCACUACCCGAGCGACAACUGCGCUGUACUCUUCCCUGACCCCAACAACAAGCCGAAGGAUCCCCUCGCGCUCCUCCCCACGUACCUCACACACCAAGCUGGUCUCAACCUGGUCUCCACAUACCUCAACUCUACGAUGUUCGCGCAAACCGUCAACAAGCCCUUCCUCAUGUUCGAGACCAACACGGCUUCUUGCGGAGGCUUCCCAGGCAUCAGCGACGCGUUUACCUCUGCGCUUUGGGGGGUCGACUACGGUCUGCAGAUGGCCCACAGCAACUUCUCUGGCGCCCUUUUCCACUUCGGUGGGCAGAACGUCAGCUACAACCCGUUCAUACCUCCCCCCACGAACGAGUCUCACGUCCACCAGUGGACUGCGGGCCCUCUCUUUUACUCGACCCUCGUGGUUGCAGAGGCGCUUGGCACCUCGAACACGUCGCGCGUCUUGGAUCUCCAGCCAAACAACCAAAACGAGCUCACUCCUGCGUACGCGAUCUACGAGAAGGACGUGCUCGCGAAGAUGGUCCUGAUCAACUUCAUGUCCGACCCUUCGGGCGCGAACGACUACACCGCGACGAUCUUCAUCGGCGGGAGCGGGUUCAAUGAGGCCAACUCUGUCCCGGCUACGGCGAAAGUCAAGUACCUCCUUGCGCCCUCGGUCUCCGAAAAGGACAACGUGACGUGGGCCGGCCAGACGCUCGGUGGUCGCUUCGAAGUCGACGGCCGUCUGAAGGGCGACGUGGUCAUCGACACCAUCAACUGCGACCAGACCGCGAACUCGUGCCAGGUGAAGGUGCCCGCGCCGGGCGUCGCGCUCGUCUUCUUCUCCGACGACGCGCAGGCCGCGGCGAGCCUCCCGAACAACGGCGAGGCGCAGACGUUCGCGACCACGGCGGUCACCAAGGUCGUGAACACCGCCACGAUCGACCCGAAGGUGCUCGCGACCGCGCAGGGCAUGAGCGGCUCCGACCGCGCCAAGUUCGGCGAGGCGGGCACGUCCCAGGGCGGCGCCAACGCCGCGGGCGCCGUCCGCGCGAGCGUCCGCGGCGUCCUGGCCGCCGUCGUCCUCGGCGCCGUCGGUGGUGGAGCGGUGCUCUUCGGCAGGCUGGCGCUGUGA